UUCGGCCCACCCCAAGGUCGACAAGGCCUCUGCUCCACGCUUCCCGCUGUUCGUUUGAUCCUUAGCGCCUCUGUUAUUUGCUGGUCGGACACUCUCCAGAAUGGCGAGAUCGUGUGUGCUCGCCCUGACACUGAGUCUGCUGGUGUUGGCAGAGUCAGCUCACGGCACGUACCACAUAUCUCCGCCAACGGAAGUGACCACAGCUUCUGGAAGGAUCGUAGGAACUCUGGAGAAGUCGACGAAGGGGAAGACCUUCCUUGGCUUCUAUGGGAUACCGUAUGCCCAGUCUCCUGUCGGAAAUCUUCGCUUUCGGGAUCCAGUCAAAGCAACCCCCUGGAACGGCGUGAGGAACGGCACCCUCCCGCAGCCUCCUUGCCUCCAGGUCCCCUUCCCGCUGGCGCUGAUGGGGAUCAAGCUGCCUGCAGGGAAGCUCGUGGGUUCAGAGGACUGCCUCUUUCUCAAUGUGUUUACACCAAGGACGUUCGCAAUGAGAGGACUGCCUGUAAUGGUGUUCUUCCACGGCGGUGCCUUCUUCGCCGGGGGAGCCUCCAUAUACAAGCCAAACGCCCUUCUCAACCACGACAUCGUCUUGGUUGUAGUGCAGUACAGACUCGGCGUCUUGGGCUUCCUCUCGACUGAGGACGAGGUGCUGCCUGGUAACUACGGCUUGAAGGACCAGGUGUUGGCCCUCCAGUGGGUGCAGGAGAACAUCAGGAACUUCGGGGGGGAUCCUCAGCGGGUUACCAUCUUCGGCCAGAGCGGGGGCGGUACCUCGGUUCACCACCAUGUCUUGUCGCCCAGAUCUGAAGGGCUGUUCCAACGAGCCAUCAUGCAGUCAGGCACUUCAGUCAAUCCCUUUUCCGUGGGCAUCGGUCAUCGGCAGGCGGCACAUACCCUCGGGGCGUCUCUCGGGUGCCAAGCCGAUGCUGGAAGCGAAGGGUUCCUUCAGUGUCUUCAAGGUACCGAGGCUCAAGAUCUCGCUGCUGGAUUCCAAAAUUUCCUCGUCUGGUUCCUCACCCCUUUGUUCUUCGUGCCGCGCGUUGAUGGAGACUUCCUUCCCGACGACCCCAAUGCGCUGCUGCGAGAGGGGAGGCACCAGCACGUCGACCUCAUUUCGGGGGUGACGGCACACGAGGGAGCACUUGGGACGAAACCUCUCUACUCCCGGCCGGAACUGAUAACUGGCAUCAUGGAGGACCCCAGCAUCCUGCCUCUGACCGUCCUGUGUUGCGUAGGAGCGAAGGAUCCGAUGAGCGCGACGCUAAGGAUAUACCAACACUACCUUGGUGGUCUGAAUAUUAAUGAUACAGAAGGAGUGACUGAGAUGAUGUCGAAUCAGCUGUUUAAGGUGAGCCACGACCUCGCCACACAAUACCACUCGAAAAACGUUUCUCCCAAUAAGAAAACGUUUCGGUACGAACUCACCCACCGUGGCCAGCUCUCAGUCGGUGACAGUUUCGAUACGCCCGUCGGGAAACACUGGGUCAUGCACAGCGACGACCUCUUCUACCUGUUCCAAGUGGGCUCGCUGCUCCCUGCCCCGAGGAUCCCAGGUCGCCCAGAUGACCUCGUUCGCGAAGAUGACCUCAGGUUGCGAGACAUCAUGACGACUAUGUGGACCAACUUCGCUGCUUAUGGGGACCCAACGCCUGAUCUCAGUCUCGGGUUCAAGUGGGAAGAGGCCAGUGAGAAGGACCUUAAAUACCUUGAUCUUACACCAAAUCCUGUCAUGAUGAGUGACCAGCGUAAAGAGGUUAGAAGAUUCCACGCGUCGUUGCCAACAAGCCAGAAUUACAUUUUCAACCCUGAACUUGUGAUACCAUAGUCUCACGACUGAAGUUGUGUUCAAUAAUAAUUUUUAUAACUGUACCCCUUUGGUAUGACGAGUCCUUGGCACAUUAUGAGUGGAUGAGUUAAAUUUCAAGAUCAUCUUUUCUUUAUAAUAUUUCGUCAACAAGCAUCUUAAUCGUAUUUUAUUUCUGAAUAUCUUUCCCUCUUAAACGAGUACUGUUUUUUCUUUCUCUUUAACAAUGGAAGAGAUACUACAGGGUUUCUGUAAUAAAUAACAACAAUAAUACGAGUUCAUAUUUCUUUUGAUAGUAGCAUUAGUUAUUGAUUCUCUCAUUCUUCGCACUUUUUUUUUUUUUUAAUUCCUAAUGACAACUUUCCAUUCGUGAAAUAAACGCGAUGUUAUACCAAAAUUAAUUAUCUAUACAUACAUCCAUUGCAGAAGUAUUUGAUAUGUUCCAAAAAUCGGCACACCUUGUAUAGAAUACAGUAAAUAUUUAAAUUAUGUAUAGAAUGCUUUGUCAUCUUUGUUUUGAUUCUCUUGUGGUGGCUAUAAGGGAUGAUAAAUAUAUCUGUUUCU